UUACGCUCUUUCUAUCCCUUUUCAUUUUGAACAAUGCCUUCAUGAAGUAGGUUUACAAAAGCUAAAUACGCCAGGUUUGGAUAAGAUAACAGUGACUUUUAUUGACGCCAGUUUCCUGCUUUCGCACUCAAUUCUAGCGUGUGACGACAGGGAUGCGGAGUUUGGGGAAAGCAAAUAAACUGGUUCGCAUUUUGAACUAUUUACAGGAUUUAUCAGUCUACUGCACGCUAAACUGUUACAUCAAAUAGUUUCUUUAAUUUUCCAGAACCUACACGCAGUAGCCAGUGAUUGUGUUUUUAUUAGGGAGUGAGUAUCAUUCAUAAGCCCCCCUUAAAUUUCCUGAUGUGGCAAAGCUGGUGAAAUAACCAGAAAUCGGUUUUAAAUCACAAACAAGAGGUCGAAUAGAAGGUCCUAUAUGGCUACAUGGAAUCUGGAACUAUAAAUUCAGUGUAGAUAAAGUGAUGAUGAUGUUAUUGUACAGAUACAAUGUUGCUGAUGGGCCACAUUCCCAAUGUUGACAUGUAGGCAGUGAUUUUCUCAUUUUGUUGACACAUGGCUAUCAAAAGAAGUUGUACUACUAGCUAGUGCCAGGUGCAUCAGCUUAGCAAAGCAUACAGGAAGCACACAGACAAGUCUCAGUUUGAGAGAGUGGGCUAUAAUCUUGGGAGAUGACAGAUGGACACAUUGGGAAGAUUGGAACCUGUGACCCUGCAGUCUAAAGACACCAUGGAGCAAGGCUUCAGCUUCAGCUUCAGCACACUGAAGAAGCUGGCGGCCGAGCCGGACCACACGGACGUGAGCCUGACGGCGGCAGAGCGCGUGCGGGCCCUGAGCAAGAUGGGCUGCAGCAUCGAGAUCAACGAAGAGAUCACGCCACGCCGCUACUUCCGGUCCGGGGUGGAGAUGGAGCACAUGGCCGCCGUGUACCUGGAGGAGGGCAGCCUGGAGAAUGCCUACGUCCUCUACAACAAGUUCAUCACUCUGUUUGUCGAGAAACUCCCCAGCCAUCGAGACUACCAGCAGUGCAGUGUGCCUGAGAAACAGGUGAUAAUAAAGAAGUUGCAAGAUGUCGCAUUUCCGCGGAAAGAUCAAUUGAAGAAGCUCCUCCACGAGAAGUACAACAAGGAACAUACAGAGUAUCUCAAAAGUCAGAGCCAGGCGGUGGUGGCGGAUUGCUGCGGCCAGCAGCUGCAGAAGAUGUCUCUGGUUGAGCAGGAGAGGCAGAGGGUGGCGCAGCUGCGCAGGAUGCAGAUGGAGUCGGAGCAGUUCCGCUACUUCGAGGAGCAACUGCGCAGACAGGAGCUGGCCAAUCGCAGAGACGAGGCGGCCGCUAAAGUGCCUGAACAAACGGACGGCUCCUGCCUGUCCCACUCCUCCAAGAACCAUGUUCGUCUCGACCCAAACCGCAAUAAACAGCUUCUCCCCAGCAGCAAGCCAGCAGUUACACUGGCUGGCGUACAUAAUCAACGGGUUGAGGGCCUGAGGCGGGUGGGCAUUCCUAGAGACCUGACCUACAGGUUUUUACUGCUAGCCGACAGUAACACAGCCAGGGGAAUAGAGACAUGCGGGGUACUCUGUGGAAAACUGACUCAAAACGAGUUCAUGCUGACCCAUGUGGUGGUGCCCAAACAGUCAGCCGGCCCAGACUACUGUGAUAUGGAGAACGUGGAGGAGCUCUUUAGUUUCCAGGACCACCACAACCUACUGACUCUGGGCUGGAUCCAUACCCAUCCCACCCAGACGGCCUUCCUGUCCAGUGUUGACCUGCAUACACACGGCUCCUACCAGCUCAUGCUGCCUGAAGCCAUCGCCAUCGUCUGCUCGCCCAAACACAACGAUACGGGAGUGUUCAGACUCACCAGCUCUGGGAUGGGGGAGGUCGCUGGCUGCAGACUGAAGGGCUUUCACCCACACUCCAAGGACCCGCCGCUCUUUAGCAUCUGUAGGCAUGUUGUUAUAAAGGACUCGAAAACAACAGUGCUGGACCUCCGGUGACAGCGAGGGGAAGACAAGACAACCACAACCAUCACUCCUAUUUAUUUUUUUAUUUAACCUUUAUUUAACUAGGCAAGUCAGUUCAGAAAAUAUUCUUAUUGACAAUGACGGCCUACCGGGGAACCGUGGGUUAACUGCCUUGUUCAGGGGCAGAAUGACAGCUCUUUACCUUGUCAUCUCGGGGAUUCGAUCUAGCAACCUUUCGGUUACUGGCCCAACGCUCUAACCACUUAGGCUACCUGCCGGCCCAUUUUUACCUUUGUUUACAAUGAAGGAUUUUGUAUUUUUAUUUUUUUGUUUUGAGAUGAGCUACUGUGAAUUGAAACUGCUUUGCAACACAAAGAUGUGAGCUAUGGAAUUGUUCUAAUGGUGUUGUUUUAUCAACUCUUUAUCCACUUUAAGUAUGUUUUUUUUUUUGGGGGGGGUGGGGCUUUUUGAUAGCUUGGCUUGACAAUUUUGGCAGAGGGGAGUUUUUGAGGCAGAGAGUCUUUCUGCUUGUCAGAUUUGAUGUGAAAUUCUCCAGAGAGAACUAUUUUAGCACGCAGGCUUACUGUAAAUGGCCUUAGGUGUUUCAGUGUGAGAACAACUGGCUGAGAAUAAAGUGUGUGUGGGAGCAGGUGUGUGUGUUAUAUGAAUGAAUACAUGAAUGAUAGUCUCCCAUGACGGUAUCCUUACCCUUAACUUUCGCGGUACAGGAUACAACAGACAAGACUUGAGAGACACAAUUAUACAGUAUUUACACAAUUGGUUACAUACGCAGAGAUUUAACAAAUGAACAAUUUUUUUUUUAAACGCAAUAUAAAAUGGACUGAUUGAAUUGUGAUGGCUCUAUGUGGUUUAGGAAGUUUCAUGUUGUAUUUUUAGUCUUACAUUUGGCCAGUUGGAUUUUAGCCUUGACAUUUUUGCAUUAUUUGUGAGUCUUGAUUUAUCUUGAAGUGUUGACCUAAAAGAAAAGUGUAACUAAUCGAGGUGGAAUGUCUUGUGCGGGGAGGAACAAACCGAAGUGCUCAAAGAAUUAGUGACUUAAGAAAGUUUUCAUGCCCCUUGACUUCUUCAAAAUAUUGUUGUCACGAUCGUGUGGCGGAUUGACGGACCAAAAUGCAGCAGUUGGAAAAUAAGCCAUCUUCUUUUAUUUUAAAAGAUGACAAACAAUAAACACGAAACACUUUAACAAAAUAACAAAACGACCGUGAAGCUACAAACGUUGUGCACAAACAUACAGGCUACAAACGUUCUACAUAGACAAUUACUCACAACCAAUGAGAGCCUAUGGCUACCCUAAAUAAGGCUCCCAAUCAGAGACAACCGAAAUCAGCUGUCUCUAAUUGGGAACUCAUUCAGGCCACCAUAGACUCUCCUAGACAACUAAACAUACAUAGAAAACACUAGACACCUGUACUCCACACAAACCCCUAUACUAUACAACAACCCAUAACCCCUUUACCAUAUAAACACCCAACACCAACAAAACAUAAACAUUCCCCAUGUCACACCCUGACCUAACUAAAAUAAUAAAGAAAACCAAUAAUACUAAGGCCAGGGUGUGACAAUUGUUGUUACAGCCUGAAUUCAAAAUGGAUUCAAUAGAUUUGUGUCACCCAUCUAUAAACAAUACCCCAUAAUGACAAAGUGAAAACGGAAAAGAAAUUGCGACGGUAUUGAAAAAAAUAUAAAAAAUAUAUAUAUAAUUUACAUAAGUAUUCACAGAGCUGAGUCAAUACUUUGUAUCGCGAUUUGUAUCGCGAUUACAGCUUUGUGUUGUCUUGGGUAUGUCUGUAUCACCUUUGCACAUCUAGAUUUGGGGAUUUUCUCCCAUUAUUCCUUGCAGAUUUUCUCCAGCUCUGUUAAAUUUGUUUUGGAGCGGCAUUGAAAAGCAAUCUUUCCACAAGUCUUUCCACAGAUUUUCAAUGGGAUUCAAGUCUGGGCUUUGGCUGGGCCACUCAAGGACUUUCACAUUCUUGUUCUGAAGCCAUUCAAGCGUUGCUUUGGCUGUAUGCUUGGUGUCAUUGUCCUGUUGGAACGUAAAUCUUCACACCAGUCUAAGGUUGUUUGCACUCUGAAGCAGGUUUUCAUCAAAGAUUUUCCUGUAUUUGGCUCCAUUCCUUGUUCCCUCUAUCCUUACCAGUCUCCCAGUCCAUGCCGCUGAAAAGCAUCCCCAUAGCAUGAUGCUGCCCCCAUCAUGCUUCACGGUAGGGCAGGUGUUAGACGGGUGAUGAGCUGUGCCUGGUUUUCUCCAGACAUAGCGCUUUUCAUUCAGGCCAAGUUUGUCUCAUCAGACCACAAAAUAUUUUGCCUUACGCUCUGAGUCGUUCACGUGCCUUUUUUGAACACUCCAAGGGCCUCAUAACUGGCUUGUAAAUUUUACCUCGAAUAUUUGCAUGCACCAUUUCUGAAAAGGGCGCACACACAAAAAUAUUUAGAAUUACUAACUUGCCACAUUCCAUAUAUAAGCAUGUUUCCCGUUAUAAAUCAGACCUGAAGUAAAAUGUGCACAUGAAGGAACAUUAUAACUCUGCCUGAAAAAAAACACCAAUCAUUCACCUUUUAUGGUGACAAUAACUAAGUUAUUUUCUGUAUACUUUGGAAGUAUUGGAAUGCCCGUCCUACAGAAGGCUAUAUUGGUCUGCUAAUACAGCACUAGUAAACGCGCAGUGCACUAGGUUUGUGGGGAGAAUUAUUAUUACUAUUUUCAUACUAUAGGCCUACUUACAGUGGUAGCCUAUACACCUCAAAGCAAAAAUAUAAAUUGUCUGUUCACCUGUUGAAUUCUAUUGUAUGUUAUAAAGCGCGCUCACUUUCGGAAAUUAUAGCAUAUCUACUACUGGUGGUAGGCCUAAUUAAAUGAGAGCUGCGCACGGUAAUUUGUUGUAUGCCUACUUCGGGAAUAUGAAUUCAUCAUGGCCAGAAAAUCUGAGGAAUUUACUCUGCAAUGGUUAUGAUAUAUAUAUUGUUUAUAAAUUUAUAUAUUUUCUACUUGAUGAAUUUGACAUUACCGUAUUCAACGUUCUAGAGUACAAAAAAUAAAACAAAUCGAUUUUUACUUUUCUCACUAACGGCAAGUGAUAGCAUCUGGUAAUUGUAUAUUUAGCUACCCGAUUUUGUUGUUCUUAUGAAUAAGACUGUCAUAUUUUCCUGCACGAGGCUAGUCUACUUUUGCCUUCUUGCCAUACAAUACCUCAACCACUAGAAACUGUGCAUACGCAUGGUCUAAAGUUUGCGAAAGGAUAAGCACAUUCUCACAUUUUUUUUAUAAUUGCCAACCUUAGCGGGAAAACUGGCAUUUUGGGGAUUUUUUUGUGCAUAUAAAGUUUAUAAAUGAAGCCCCAUGUGUGCUGUCAUGUGCCUUUUUCUCAGGAGUGGUUUCCAUCGUGCCACUCUCCUAUAAAGCCCAGAUUGGUGAAGUGCUGUAGAGACUGUUGUCCUUCUGGCAGGUUCUGACAUCUCAGCCAAUAACUUUAUAUUUCUGUCAGAGUGGUCAUUGGGUUCAUAAUCCUGUCCCUGACCAAGGUCCUUCUUGCCCGGUUGCUCAGUUUGGUAGUUCCAUAUGUUUGCAAUUUCCCAAUGAUUUCAACACUCUAGAAAUUGUUUUAUACCCUUCCCCAGAUAUGCCUCGUCACAAUUCUAUCUCAGAGAUCUAUGGACAGUUCCUUGGACUUCAUGGUAUAGUUUCUGCUCUGACAUGCACUGUCAACUGUAAGACCUUCUAUACCUUCUAUAAAUAAUCUCCAAACAAUUGAACUGGCCACAGGUGGACUCCAAUCUAGUUGUAGUGACAUCUCAAGGAUGAUCAAAAGAAAUUGGAUGCACCUGAGCUCAAUUUGGAGUGUCAUAGCAAAGGGGUGUGAAUAAUUAUGUAAAUGAGAUAUUUCUGUAUUUGUUUUUGAAUACAUUUGCUACAUUUCUAAAAACAUGUUUUCCCUUUGUCAUUAUGGGGUAUUGUGUGUAGAUGGGUGAGAGAAAAAUAUAUAUUUAAUACAUUUUAAAUUCAGGCUGUAACACCAAAAUGUGGAAUAAGUCAAGGGGUAUGAAUACUUUCUGAAGGCACCGUAUAAGUGAAGACGCAUUAGACGCCUUAUAAGAGGAGUAUAUUUUUGCCAUCCCAAGGUCCUUGACUACACAGAGCUCAGGUAUAAGUUCACUUUCCACCCCCAUGAAGCAGUUAACUAGCCUGGUCUCAGACCUGUUUGUGCCGUCUUGCCAACUCAUCAGUGUUUGGCUUGACAAUGACCGUGGAAGUUAGCGAAACAGCAUAAACAGAUCUGGGACAAGGCUAUCCUUUAACCACCCCUCGCUGUAGAAAAUGGAGCUGUCCUUUUUUUACCUUUGGCAGAAGCGGGCAUGUAUUUAUUUACUCUGUACACGCCCUCACAGCAGUGCUGAUAAUGGCAUUAUCAGUUGUACAAUGUGGUGUUGGACUAUUGCUGCAGUGUGAUUAACUGUCCCAGUGGUGCUGCACAAACAGGUUAUGUUGUAGUGGCUUUAUGUUUGGCAAUGUGAAAGACAACCAGUCAAUGCAGUGACUCUACCACACUUUUCCACUGCCAUUUUGGUAAUAAAAUACACACUGCGUUA